AUGUACCCCAUGGCCAGCAAGUCGAUACCGCCCGACGUCUUCAAGCCCGGCUUCUGCGACUCGCAAACCCCCAUUGCCGCCGAACUCACGCAAUCCUUCCUCGACUUCGCAUCAAAAAGCGGAGGUAUAAAUCUCAAGCAGAUGGGCGUCAGGCCAGGCCAAAGAUGGUGCAUUGAGGCGAACAAGUGGCAGGAAACAUUACAACAUGAGAAGGAAGCAGGAGUGAAGGUUCCGCCGAUUAAGUUGGACUGUACGCAUGAGAGUGCUUUGAAAGUUGUUGGGCUGGAUGUGCUGAAGAAAUAUGCGGCGGCUUCAGACGCUUAG